GUUCCGUUUCUUAUCAUGUGACCCGUCUUCCCAGUUGAAGCCUAGCAGCCAGGGUAGUGUGAGCGAGCCUUCUCUUCCCUUAGCAGCCAACCAAGGGAGGAGUCAGUGCGAGAGUGCGAUAGAGAAACCGAACCAUCGAAGAGCCAUCAAGGCAAGAGAUAAAUCAGUCAAAAGCAGAGCAAAACCGAGACGCGCGUUAGAGUCUCCAAAGCUUAUUUCUCCACCCCUGCCACUGCCUCUUGUUCCGUCCACUCCUCCCGGUCAAACCACGCGGCUCGCUUAUAUAGCGCGGCCGCGUGCUCUGCUCCCGGUUUGGCUUCUUGGCUCUGUUUCCUCGUCUCAUCGUGUGUGCUCUUAUCCUCCUCCUCCUCUUCCACGAGGUAAAGAAAACAACGACGACGACAACAAGCCACAAAAUAUAAACGCACUCGCGCUAGCACACUAGUAGCUGCAGCGAGUACAACGUAGAAGCUAGUGCCUUCACUCGUAGAACUGCUGUACUACUGCCUCCGUUUGGGGUAACCUGUAAUACUACCUGCGACAGACAAGUCGAGGUAUCUAGCUGCUAGCUAGCUCAGUGUCACUUGCAAAGAACCAGCAGGGAGACAUGGCACUGACAGUGUUCGAGACCACCGAGCAGCCGCUCCCAUGCUACGCCGUCGAGCAGGGCGGCGACGGCGGGAAGGUUGUUGCUGCCGAGAAGGCUGCUUUGAUGCUGAAAGAGACGGACCACGGCGGCGACGACGAGCGGCUGGAGAGGGACGACAUAUGGAACAUGAUCCAGGCGAAGAAGCCGCCCGCCGCGCCGAGGCAGGCGCAGCCGUACGUGCACCCGCUCGUGCGGCGCUCGUCGAGCCUGCUGACCCAGAAGAGCCUGGAGAUCUGCACCGAGAGCCUCGGCUCGGAGACGGGCUCCGACGGCUUCUCCGACGCAGACAGCGCAACCGACCACUCGUGCCCGGGCUCCGACGAUGAGCGCGAGGAGAGCGCGGACGAGGUGGCCGCGCGCGCGCCCGCGCCCAGGGCGUUCCCGCCGCCGCUGCCGUCGCUGGCGCGGCGCACGGUGGGGGCGCUGCAGAUGAGGCAGCACCGCCAAGACGGCCGCCUGGUCGUCCAUGCUGUCCCCAUGCCGUCGUCCACCCUGUUCCGCGCGCAGCGCAGCGGUGGGCGCCUGCUCCUGUCGUUCGCCGACACCGCCGCCCCCACCUCGGACGAGCUGGACAGCAACGACGGCCAGCUGGAGCCCGAGCAGCAUGCCGACGAGCAAGCCCAUGAGGAGGAGGACGAGGAGGAGGAGGUCGAGGUCGUGGACCGGGGCACCGUCGUGGAGUUCAAGGUGAGCACACAGCCGCAGGCGCGCAGCGGGAGCGGCUCGAGGGUGCACCGCUCCGCGCUCGUCAUCAACAAGUUCGUGGGCGCCGAGCCGGGCGCCACCUGUGAGGAGAUCAACGACGCCGCCCCUGCGGCACCACAGCACCUGCCCAAGCCCCCGAGGCGCUCCACCGGUUCCACCACCACGGCGGUCGCGGCCCUGGCCGCAGCCUCAGCGCUGAGCGCGACCGCCGCGCCGGGGGGCAAUGGCGACGACGUGGUCCCCGGCGCCACGUGCGGCGAGAACAAGCUCCUGAUGACGGCGAGGCGGCGGCGCAGCAAGGAGGAGCUGCUGAAGCACAUGCGCCGGUGCGGCGAGCUGAGCGGGCGACGUCUCUUCGUGUGGGAGGGAUUCAUCACCACCUCCUCUUGAACCCCGACCGCCGUACGCGCUGGGCUGGCCACGUAGCGGCGGCCGCCGGCGCCUCUUCUUUUGCCGUUCCAUUCUAUGCUUCAAUGAGUGCCCUGUUUGUUUGCAGCAGCUGCUGCUGAUGUAACGUAUGUACGUGAUGUCAUGUUGUUGUUAGUAGUAAGUGAUGAUCAUCACGUGAUCGGUGUGCUUAGCCGUGUGUGUGAGAGAGAGCGCGCGCGCGCUAGAUUGGGGUGGUAUAUAUAUCCCCGUGCGUGCCCUGCAUGUUGUAUCUACUACGAUUUACGUGCUGCUACUACCACUGGUGGUCUUUGUUUAUGAUUGAGAUAGACGUUUUUGA